AUGGGAGGGUAUUUCUCCAAGGACCUGGAGGAGUGCCUGCGAAAUGAAAAGAGGAACCUUAACAGAUCGAUCAGGGAGUUGGAACGGGAGAUAUUUAAACUAACUAAAGAACAGAACAGGAUAGAAAAAGACAUUAAAAUAAAUUCCAAACGAAAUGAUAACAUAUCUAUGAUAAAGCUACAGAGUGUUAAGUCAUCGGAGCAACUUGGACGGAGUCUCACCGAAAUCAACAGAGUAAUUAAGAGAGUAAAUGGAUACAUAAAACUAAGUUCCUUGAAUAAAUCCAUUAAUGAAUAUCAGAAGGAGAACACUGAGGUGUCACUGAAGGAGGAUAUGCUCGAUGAUUUAUUUGAGACGUUUGAUUAUGACUCCGAGAUGGUUGCGGAGGAGGAUGAGCUUGUUACUAAGGUCCUGGAGGGCAUGGGUAUCCAGAUGAAUGCUAAGUUAGAUGACAUCCCCACCCCAGGGGAACUUCCCAAGACGCACGUGGACCACGUGGGUGUCGCCGACUUGGAGGCGCGACUCAACAACCUGCGCCUCGGGAAGCCAUAA